AUGGAUGCAAUGGAUGUGGAUGAAGGUGGUCCGUCUCGGCGCCUUGCUCUCAUACGGACCGUCAGGACACUCGACGACGACAAAGAGCUGCCACUGCCGGACAAAAUCCACAAGCUAUGGCUGCUACUUUCCGAGACGAAGCACACUCGAUUGCAUGGCGUCGAAGAGAGCAUACUGCGAUGGCUUCUCAAGCAGAUGAACGGCAACUCGGAAACUGCUGAACUGGCCCGACGAUACCCUCUCACUUGGACCAUCCUAGGCCAUGUGUUCCCUAAGGUUCCCGCGCAGACACUGGGACGGUCCCUUACCUACCUCAAAUUCGUAUCCAUCCUGAAGAAGACGUUGGAUGAGGUCACCGCAGCUACAACAGAGGUACAGGCUAAUGGAGUCGCCUCAGAUGGCGAGGGAGCGGGUUCAGCGAAGAAGCGAAAGAGAGACAAUGCGAUACCAUCCAGUAUCGAGGAGCUUCGUACUCCGGAAGGCUGUGUCAAGUCGGCGAUGGGCAUCUUCGGCGCCCUCGCAAACCUUCUCGAACAGGGUACCUCCUUUUCCAGUGCACUUGCUCCGGAGAAGAGGGUUGGGGCUGAGCAUAUCAAGUCCCUCUUCUCAUCCUCCAGCGACGAGACCCGCGAUAUCACUGUGAGGCUUCUCUUGAUAUGCGACCAUUCAAUAAGCUUUGUUGAGCAGGGGUUUGUCCGAGAUCACGAGUCCUGGAUCGAUAUUUUGACAACGAUUUGGAACCUUCGCCCCCACAACAAGGAGGACAAUACCGAGUUUGCUAGACUCCUCUAUGCUCCAACUUGUUCAAUACUUGCAAAGUUGAAGGGCAUUUCUGGAGCCGCACCAGAGCUCACCAAUAGCACUGUGAGGGAUCUCUGGGUUCGACAACUCGAGAAAUUCCUGAGCACAUUCUCCAUUCGUCCUGCGAGACAACGAUUCGCAGUCGACGCGAAUGUGGACACGUUGAGCAUAGCCUUGGCCUUUGCGAAGAGGGAUCCGGUUGCUUCCACUACGGUUAUGUGGGAUGUUGCUGCCAGGACUCCCAGGGAUACGAAUGAGCCGAAAUCCAGGAUGGAGCAUACUUCAUGGGCUGAAGCUGUUUUCGAGCUAUUGUUAGGUGCCCUCGACUCGUUGCAGCCUGCGGAACGGAACCAGGUCGUUUCGCGGCUGCUAGAUACCGCUCUUGAAACCGGGUCAAUUCCGAACACUCCCACGCUUCGUACCUUGUGCAAGGCGCACGCGCUGGUUUCAGACGACCCUGAUUGGACACUUGUCUCCAAGAUCACUGCUUGCGACGCUGACGUCUUUCUCAUGGACAAUUCGCUAAGUGAAGACAUCUUCGAUAGAAUCAGUGCCGCUUCAAGCCGAGACUCCGAGACAAGAGACAAGAUUAUCACCAAGGUUACUCUUCCAUUGCAGCGUGCUUUUGCGAAUGCCCGAGAUCUUGCAGGGUUUGUCACACGAUGGUAUGGUUGUCUUUGCAAAUAUGCCACUGCACCGGGCAGCUCUAUGGAUCAAGCGAUAUGGUUCGACUCGAGAAUUCGACAAGUACUCGCUUCCAUGUUGCAAAGUGCGCUGUCAAGCACUCAACUACUACGUCUGUUAGAGCGUCUGGACUCACCAGGCGCCAACAGCGGGGCGCUCUUGGUCAUCCUUGAUGGCGUUUGCGCAGGACUCACGGACGAAAGCUUUAUCUCCAGUGCCGAUUCAAAGAUCUUCUCUAUGACUUUCCCAGGGAAAAGCUAUGAUAAUGUCUCUUCACAGGUCCUCUCGUUAAGGUGGCGCGUUGCUGGUUACAUGGCGUCUUGGGAGACCUCCGAGGAAUGCUACCAGCUCUGGGCCGAGAUCAAGCCAGUUCUCAAAAAAAUCCUCAAAAAGGGCUCAUUCGACGGCGCUGAAACUUUUGAGGCAUUUGCUUGCUGUUAUAAGCUCUGUCUCGCCAAUCAUAUUGGUGGCAAGUACGAAGAAGAGCUUGUCAAGUUGACAUGCUCGUUUCUCGAAAGACUGAUUACGGCGGUCAAGACUAGCGACAGCCCACUAGAAUUCAGACAUUUUCUGGACUUCGUGUUCUGUCACCUACCGAAGCUAGCUGAGCAGCCGAAGCAAGAAGUCAACACCCUAUCUGAUCUCAUCGUGGGCUUGUUCUGGUACACCAGUCAGCAGCUGGCCGCCAAAGAUGAUUCGCAGCUUCGCGCAGUCAUUCGACCGCUCCUCCAAAACUUUGAUGUUGAGGAUGAAGAGCCAUUCCUCGAUGCACUUAUGGCGCAACCUCUAGAUGCACUUGACAGUGCUGAAGUUCAAUGUGGAUGGGCACAGCCACAUAGUCUCUCGGUGAUACUGGUCCUGCUUGAGUUUCCACGUGAGGCGUGGACUAAAGGACGUCGGAAGCGCAUCAUGUCGUCCUGUAAGAAAUGGAAGCUGGCAAUCGACACCCAUGCAUCUCAGAACCGUGUAUAUGGAGCGUCCGUACUCAGAUUGCUUGUCAAGAUAAUGCAGCAGCCAACCUUUUAUGAGGGCAUGGACUUCAACGAUCUCGUUGAUAUCUGUUCCCAAAUACCAAGUCAGGACUAUGGUCUUCUAGCUCUAGUCGAGCGGCUCAUCGAGUUAACGCUGAGACAAAUGGUAGUCAAUGCCGAGGACGCCUCGAUGGCCUACCUCCGUGAUGCGUCAAGAUACGUUGGUGACCUGUAUACGAAGACAGCAUCGGGAGAAACAGCUCAGAUACUUCUUGUCAUAAAAUUGGUGUCUGUACUGAGCAACAGCCCAUCCACCAAAUCGUACAGCACCGCCGUCGACCUUGGGAAAAUCAGACGAAAACUUGUGGAAUUGGUACAAUACGGACUCUCCGAUUUUGCAAAAGAGAGCGAAGCGCUUUCAACUGCUACCAAGGAAGACCCGAAAUUGGUGCCACUCUCGGUGAUCUUGGCCGCCGCAGCAACUCUCACUGAAAUCCGAGAAGGCAGCACUAUCGAGCUGUCGGACAAAGUCACCCGAAAGCUGGAGACUGCAAGCUUAACUUUUGUAUCGCGCGGUGUUGAUAUUUGCUGGAAACUGAGGGCGUUCCUGGUCAGACGUUUCCCGAAUCGAUAUGACAAUACGUCCUUCUGCUCGCAGUUAGAGCAAGGGACCAGUGCAGUCGACGAAGACUUGGUAUAUGACUUCGUUGAUGCGUUCGUCAAAGGAAAAGGUCAGGCUGCCCACAAUCUGUUAUUCGGCGAAUUGACCAGCAAUGGUAGGCUGGCUACCGGGCCCAUCGGCCCUUUGCUAGCUGCUAAGAAGCUUCUUGAGCUUCAUCAAGGGGCCAGCACGUCACAGUCCCAAAGCGAUAAAGGCUUGGACCUCGGAGCAGUGCAUGCGCAAUUCGCCUCGCUGCUCAGUCGGGUUGAAUCUCUUCGCCAUUUCAAGCAGGUAUCGGAGAUACUGUUGUUCCUACUGGACAAGCAUGCCAACUCGAUGACGCAGUUCAAUAUAGAGGUGACGCUCAGCAGCGUUGCCGAUGUGUGCUCAUUGAAGGGCCCAUGCAUCCAGGGGCCGAGGGCAGCCGGUGAGAUAUACGAGUUUCUCUACAAACUGGUGGCCCUCGUGAUCAAGCGGCACAGACUUCGGCUGCGAGGACAUUUCCCCAUCCUCAUCGCCGCACUGCGGGCGCUCUUGUACACGCUUCUAGCCGACCCUGGCUCCCACGCAAUUGGUCGACGUUCUCUGCCAACGCAUCCUCCAUGGCUCGGAUCGCGCCUCGAAGCCCGGCACGCGGAGCGGUUCGCACGGCUUCUGACGCUCAUCUGCGAGCCAAGCGCGGCAUCGGUUGCACGCGGAAGAUCGAGCGAGCUUGACUCGGCGACGGACGCGGCGAAGCGCGCCGCCGGCCAGGACAUGUUCAUCGUGGUGGAGUUGUACAUCAAGCUACAGCUCGAGGGCGCGGGCGUGCCCCACGACAUGCGCAAGGUGGUGGAGAGAGGCAUCUACUCGGUUCUCGACGUCACGCCCACCGGCGCCAGGAGGGUGCUCAACGAGUCGCUGGACGCGGGCGGGCGCGCCGUCUUCAGGCUGCUGUUUGCUGAUUACAAGAAGUUUGGCAAGUGGAGUGGUGUAUGA